AUGUUAUGUAAAGUACUUGUAGUGUUGUUCACUUUAUUUGUUUGUUUGAAAUGUAGUAAUAUUUCUGUUGAACUGCACAUAAACAAAUUUUUUAAAGGAGUUAAUAUAACAAUUAACUCAAUUUUUGAGUUGAAGCAAAAUGUAGUCAACAGAAGUGAAGUACAUUUAAUUCAAAUUAAGGACCAAAAUGUUCCAGUAAUACCGAAAAAUUUCUUGAAUGGAACCAGUGUUAGUGAUUUCGGCAUUAGUAGAUCCCAAGUACGAGAAGUUGAACCUGGUGCGUUAGAUGGGGUUUCUUUGGAUUUCCUAAAUUUGAAUGCCAACAACAUUGCACGAAUUAAAAAAGGUAUAUUUAACAAAAAAUCACUUUAUAUAGUUGACUUCCAGAAUAACGUUGUAUCUAAUAUAGAAGAUGACGCCUUUGCAGGUGCAACCAUCACAUUACUGGAUCUAUCGCAUAAUAAGAUGGCCAAAUUGACUUCAAAAAUGUUCGCUGGUUCAAAUAUAACAUAUAUUUUCCUACAUUCGAACGUAAUAAGUAAUAUAGAAGAUGGUACCUUUGAUAAAAUCGAUAAUAUGCAAAGAUUAGUCCUAAGCAACAACCAACUUGAAGCGCUUGGAAACGUUUUUAAGAACUUGACAAAUUUAAAGCAAUUGCUCUUAGCGGAAAACAGAAUAAAAACACUUGAACCUGGAUGCUUCAGCGGUUCUGGGAUCUCCUUAGAGAUUUUUCUUUCAGGUAACCAACUGACUCAUAUUGCAAAAGGAGUGUUUUAUAAAGUACCAGUCUUUUCACUGGAUUUCAGAAAUAACAGCAUUUCAAAAAUUGAUAAAGGAGCCUUAGCUGGUCUUUCAACUCUAAGAAAUGUUCUGCUAGGUAAUAACAGUCUUGGAGAUUUGAAGCUGUCCAAUUUUGACUUCCUCAAUAAUACUUUAAAUUUGCUAUCUUUGAGUGAUAACGGCAUUUCAAAUAUCGAUAUUGGUGUCUUCAAAAAUGUUGAAAUCUUUAUAUUGGACCUAAGCAGAAACCAUAUAAAAUCGAUUAAAAAAGGACUUUUUCACAAUCUUACAAGUUACCGAAUUGAAUUAAGUGAAAAUGAAAUUACCGAAAUAGAAGAAGACGCUUUUGCUGAUAUCAAGGAUUUAAGUUACAUAGAUGUGAGCAUGAACAAACUUAAAGAAGUCAAGAAGAGAAUGUUCAGUUUAGGAUUGAAUCGAGUUAAUUUGGAAGAUAAUUUAAUAACUAAAAUCGACAAUGAUGUUCUUAAUGGUCUUUCGUUGUCAGACAUUCAGAUAAAAAAUAAUCCUAUUGCUGCCAAGAACAACGCUUAACAUGUGUAUUGGAAUGUUUUACUUUUAAUUGACCUUUUUAUUUUGAAUUUACUGAUUUAUUAUUAUUAUUAUCAUUUUUACUAACUUACAUUUAAAUAAAUAAAAACACUGAAUUUAUAUUCUUUAAUUACAAACUUAACAUGUGCAUUUAAUAAUAGUCGAAUAAAUAAUACAAUUUUA